AUGGUUCUGAGAGCAGAGACAAUUGAGCAUGUGUUAUUGUUCUGCAACUUCAGUACCUCUUGUUGGAUUCGGUCUGGGUGGGGAAGUGCACCAACACAGAAUGUCAGCUUUGUGGACUGGUUUACUGCUCUAGUCAGUCGGCAAAAACCAAAAAUAAUUGAGGAGGGAGUUAUGAUGUGUUGGUCUAUUUGGAAGACCCGCAACGAUGUCGUUUGGAACCAAAAAAACUGUUCUGCAGCUGAUGUAGUGUGUACCGCGAGAUUAAUUCUUGCUCAAUGGAAGUACGCUCAAUCAAGGAAAUUUGAUCCCCUUCAUGUGCCUGCUGGUACUUUUGAAGGAAGCGAGCGUUGGUCGAAACCGGAAGCAAAUAAGCUUAAGAUUAAUGUCGACGGGGCCGUGUUUGCUGCUGAAAAUGCUUAUGGUUCAGGUAUUGUUGUUCGUGAUGAUGGUGGACGGUUGAUUGAGGCUGUUGCAAGCUAUGUAACUGGGGGUACUCAACCGGAAUUGGCCGAGAUAAUGGGGAUUAAGGAAGCACUCAGUUGGGUCAAGAGGAAAGGUUGUAAUUUUGUAGAAGGGAUAGCACCUGCUGCUCUUCAAACUCUUAUUCUUGCCGAUUUGGCAGUUUAA